CAAACCCGAACGUCGUCACUGCUGAGCGAACGAAUCAAGUCAACACAGGCAGGCCCGGCGGGACAGCGCCUUUGCUGCUCUCGCUUCAAACCAGGGCUUUCUCCUGGCAGCACGCAUUGCACAGGAAUGAAGUUAGUCCGAAACAUUUUGCGGCAGAUACAUUUGAACCUGUUACACAGCCUGCAGCAGGGAAAAACAAAACAAAAAGUGAGAUCUGCUUUAGCCUGAGGAGCUCUUCCUCCUGCCCUUUACACAGUCAGGCCUGGCAGCAUUCGGUGGGUAGAGCACUGGAUUUUUGUCAGAAAUUCUGCACGAGUGACCAUCGGUAAAGAUGUCAUAUUUAAUGAAAGGAUUUAAACGUCACAGUGCUGUGGUGUGCAAAGUAGCAGGAAGCCCGUUUAGAGCACACACAUUAAAGAAUACAUUCGGCACCAAAGGACAAUUCACAAUUUCACGUGCAUCAUCCCAACUGAGCUCUGAAAAGACAAACUCUUAUAAUUACAUCAUUGUGGGGGCUGGAUCAGCGGGCUGUGUGCUGGCCAACAGGCUGACAGAAGACCCCCACAGCACCGUGCUGCUUUUGGAAGCGGGCCCUAAGGACACCCUGCUGGGCAGUACCAGGCUGAUGUGGAAGAUCCACAUGCCUGCUGCCCUGACGUACAACCUCUGCGAUGAGAAGUACAACUGGUACUACCACACCACCCCGCAGCGGCACAUGGACCGCCGGGUGAUGUACUGGCCCCGGGGCAGGGUGUGGGGCGGCUCCUCCUCCCUCAAUGCCAUGGUUUACAUCCGCGGGCACGCCGAGGAUUACAACCGCUGGAGCAGGCAGGGGGCUCUGGGCUGGGACUAUGAGCACUGCCUGCCCUAUUUUAAGAAGGCCCAGACGCACGAACUGGGGCCGGAUCAGUACCGAGGUGGGAAUGGCCCCCUGCACGUGUCGAGAGGGAAAACGAACCAUCCUCUCCAUCAGGCGUUCCUGGAGGCUGCCCAGCAAGCCGGGUAUCCCUUCACGGAUGACAUGAAUGGCUACCAGCAGGAAGGCUUCGGCUGGAUGGACAUGACUAUACACCAAGGUCAAAGAUGGAGCACAGCUAGUGCUUAUCUUCGCCCAGCCAUAUCACGCCCAAAUUUCUCAGUUGCAGAGAAGACACUUGUAACAAAAAUCUUGUUCCAAGGAACAAAAUGCAUUGGUAUUGAGUAUGUGAAAAAUGGGCAAAAGAAAAAGGUUUUUGCCAAUAAGGAAGUUAUUUUAAGUGGAGGUGCCAUAAAUUCUCCCCAGCUGCUUAUGUUGUCUGGAAUUGGAAAUGCAGAUGAUCUAAAAAAACUGGGGAUCCCUGUUGUUUGCCAUCUUCCUGGAGUAGGCCAGAACCUGCAAGACCAUUUAGAAGUGUAUGUCCAGCAAAAGUGCACCAAACCUAUUACUCUGUAUAGUGCACAAAAGCCACUGAACAUGGCGAGGAUUGGUCUCGAAUGGCUUUGGAAAUUUACAGGUGAGGGAGCCACUGCCCACCUGGAAUCUGGUGGUUUCAUCCGGAGUGAACCCGGGGUUCCUCACCCUGACAUUCAGUUCCACUUCCUCCCUUCCCAGGUGAUUGACCACGGCCGGGUUGCUUCCACAAUGGAAGCUUACCAGGUCCAUGUGGGACCCAUGAGGAGCACAAGUGUGGGCUGGCUGAAGCUGAAGAGUUCAGACCCAAACGACCACCCCAUCAUUGAGCCCAACUACCUCUCAACAGAAAGAGAUAUUUGGGAAUUCCGCCAGUGUGUCAAGUUGACCAGAGAGAUCUUUGCUCAGAAAGCUUUUGAAAAAUUUCGUGGGCCUGAAAUUCAACCAGGAAAUCAUGUUCAGUCUGACAAAGAAAUAGAUGCUUUCAUAAGGCAGAAGGCUGAUACUGCUUAUCAUCCUUCCUGCACCUGUAAAAUGGGUCAGCCUUCAGACAGCACCGCUGUAGUGGAUCCCCAAACAAAAGUCAUUGGUGUUGAAAACUUGAGAGUAGUUGAUGCUUCAAUAAUGCCCAGUGUUGUCACUGGAAACUUGAAUGCCCCAACUAUCAUGAUAGCAGAGAAAGCUGCAGAUAUAAUUAAGGGCCUGCCAUCACUUCAGGAGAAGAAUGUUCCUGUGUAUAAACCCAAGACCUUGGAAACACAGAGAUAAAUAUUCUCAUCCUUUCAUAUAAUUUGCUAUUUAGGCUUUCAUCUGCAUGUUGGUAUCUCAUACUAAAUAUGCCAGCAUGAUAAAUAUCAUGCAAAAUAACAUAUCCUAUUAAAAUAACUAUUAAUUUGAAUAAUUUUUUGGUAUUAUACUACCUACUGGGUUUUUUUUAAUCAGCUGGCUUAAGUUCCUUUUUUAGAAUCAUAGAAUAUGCUGAGUUUCAUGGGACCAAUCAGGAUCAUUAAGUCCAACUCCUGGCUCUGUGCAGAACACUCCAAGAAUCACAAAUUUAGUUAAAUAUGACCUUUUGUGGUAAAUUCAAAUUUUCUGUUGAAGAAAAGCUGUUUUUCAAUGACAAGAUGGUUGUACACAUCAGCCAGAAAUACCAUGUGACUGCAUGAGGAAUGGAAGAGAUUACUGUGGGCUGUUUUGAAAAUGAUUAUGUUAUUUGAAGAAUUUUAACUGCUAUGAGAAUGUUACCCAGGAAAAUAGCUAGUCAGUAAUCACCACAGCCUGCAGAGAAUGGUCAAGCAAAUGCAGGCACUUAUGGAAUUUCAAAUUCAAGAGCUGAAUUAGUUUGUAUCAGAAUUCAUAGGAAAGGGAGGAACCUGAAUGUGCUCAGAUUUGUCAAACAUGAGAAACAUUUCCUUUAUGAAAGGAAUGCAUGGUUUACAAAUCCCACUCAAAGUCAGACUUCACUAAGCUCAGCAGCCUCUAACUGUAGAGCAUGCAGGGAGAAGACAUACAGUGUAUUUAUCACAAGUUAGUUUUCUAAAAAUGCAGAACUGGAGUUGAAAUUUAUAAAAAUCUACUGGAAAAUUCAUAUUCCUCUUUGUUUGUUUUUAUUUUGUUCACAAAGUGCUUAGUAGAAUUCUGCUCACAAUUUAAGCUGAUGUAGUUUUACCACUCUAGCAGUACGAGAUCUGCACUUUGUAAAAUAUCCUUAAAGUGAUUGGUCUUUGCUCAGAUGAUUGCAAAAAAUAUUUAUCAGUAAAUAUUCUGAAUGGUGCCUUGCUAUCACUCAAAUUUUAUUUAGAAAAAUUACAACCAAACUAUAUUUAAAAUGAAACAUUACUCAGAUAAGGUCAGAUAUUGAUGAUAUGGGAAGAGGUCUUUUUUAAUUAGAAGGCAAAUAUCUUAUUCAGUGAACCAUUGCUACAUUCUAGUUAAGACUUAAAUCUAUGCUUUUUUAAUUUUCAGAUGUGUAAAUUUAGAUACUUGAGCUUUCAUGGCUGUUUUUGUUGUCAAACUAACUUUCAGAUACUGAUUAAAAAAAUGGAACUCACUGAAGGAAAUUUA